UGAAACUGACACAGAAGUACCUACUCAUCCGCGGCGCCUAAGAAGCUACUAAUUCAACAGUACGCUCUAGUGAAUUCAUCUAACGCGUGUGUUUAGUACAGACUGCAAUGGAGCAAGUUAAAUGCUGCAUAAGCGUAUUACUGGGAUUCAUACUUUUACUGAUGGGUUUUGGAGAUGGCGACAGCAGGAGAAACAGUAUGCAGGUGUUUGCCCAAGGUCAUAAUCAACCAGAUGAACCAGAACCAGAGUUUUUAUCGCUACUUCCUAAUAUAACAGUACCUCAGGGUCGUGACGUUUCAUUUACAUGCGUCGUCAACAAUUUAGGACAAUAUAAAGUUGCCUGGAUUAAAUCCGAUUCUAAAGCAAUACUCGGUAUUCACACCCAUAUGGUGUCUCUAAAUCCAAGAUUAUCAGUGACACACAAUGGACACAACACCUGGAAACUUCACAUAUCCCAUGUACAGCUAAAUGAUUCGGGUAGUUAUAUGUGCCAAGUGAAUACAGACCCCAUGAAGAGUCAGUCUGGUUAUUUGGAUGUGGUAGUGCCACCUGACAUAUUGUAUCAUCCAGACCAAAAUCUUGAAGAAAGUAUAACGAAUGAAGGAGGUACCAUCACACUUAUGUGUAGUGCAACUGGAGUGCCGAUGCCAACAGUACAAUGGAAACGUGAAGGAGGCAAGGAUAUCAUUUUAAGAACAGAGUCCAGAGAAAGACAAGUUGUGAAAAACGUGGAGGGAGAAAAACUUGUGCUGGGUAACGUUCAUCGCACUGAUAUGGGUGGAUAUUUGUGUAUCGCUUCAAAUGGAGUUCCACCAUCAGUAAGCAAACGAUUUGAUGUCCAUGUCAAUUUUCCGCCAUCCAUCAAGGCCGUAAAUCAGCUAGUGGGUGCCCCAGUCGAGCGAGAAGUUACUUUGGAAUGCAUUGUGGAAGUCUACCCAAAACCAUUGAAUGGCUGGUAUCGCAAUGAGGGCAACCUUAAGCUGCACAAUGGCAACAAGUACAAUAUAUCCGAGAGCAUGAUUAACAUGUACACUUGGCAGCUUAAUCUGACAAUACGUCAUCUGACUAAAGCGGACUUUGGCGCUUACAGCUGCUCCAGUGUGAAUGCUUUAGGCAAAAGUGAGGCCCGAAUACGACUACAAGAGCUUCGGUUGCCACCAAAACCAACCACAACACCAACACCGUACGUGCACACAACACAAAAGCCCCGUCGCAAGCAGUCCUCAAAUAUGAACAAAGGCCUCAACGAGGUGGUUAGAGCCAAAGAAACGCAUUUUACCAAUCAAAUGCAGGAAAACGAAAUUCUAAGUGGCAACAGUGCACAAGGAGUCAACAUCAUCAAUGGUAUUGUUGUGGGACCUGGUAACAGCAUCAAUGUCGCAAAUGGCUUGUCUAACGGAGCGGAAGUUCAUACACAAUAUCCCGGUCGGAAUGGAUACGAGAAGACACAUAAAACACCACAAGCCAUGCCAACACUUCGAACACCAUGGGUUAUCACAACCACACACAGUGGUGCAAAACAGACAAGAAAUGUGGGCACCUUUAAAGUAAUGAGAAUUCAAGCGAAUUUAUUAGUGGCACUAUUCGUCUUGUACGCAGCAUUUCGGACGAACUAACUAACCACAAAGCACUAGCAGGAGUCGAAAUCAGCGUAGAAACUGAAAUGGAAGUGGAAAAUUAAACUAUUUUUCUUUGCUGUUGCAUUAUAUUGCUGUUGUUAUUAUUGUUAAAUGUAUAAAAAAAAUAAAACAAAAAAAAAGGAUUCUAGGAAAAAGAAUAUGGUGAGUGGAGUCAGUGUCCUUAUUCCUUACAAAGGCUAAAUAAAAUCGCACAAACAAACAAACAAAUAUUUAAAAAAAAAUACAAACCAAACAAAACGAUAUAACAAUAAUACAAUAAUAACG